GUGAUUGUUAACGUUUCUCCCUGUUUGUUUUGCGUGCUUGUGCAGCCCGAGCGGGAAGAAGUUUCGAAGCAAGCCCCAGCUGGCGCGCUACCUGGGCAGCUCCAUGGAGCUCRGCACCUUCGACUUCCGCACGGGCAAGAUGCUCAUGACUAAAAUGAACAAGAACAGGCAGAGGAUGCGCUACGACUGCUCGAACCAAGCCAAGGGCAAACCUGAUCUGAAUACUGCGCUCCCUGUCAGACAGACAGCCUCCAUAUUCAAGCAGCCUGUCACAAAGAUCACCAACCAUCCCAGCAACAAGGUGAAGAGUGAUCCGCAGAAAGCCGUGGAUCAGCCCCGGCAGCUCUUCUGGGAGAAGAAAUUAAGUGGCCUGAACGCCUUCGACAUCGCCGAGGAGCUGGUGAAAACGAUGGACCUUCCGAAAGGUCUGCAAGGGGUUGGCCCUGGCUGCACGGAUGAGACCCUUCUCUCUGCCAUAGCCAGUGCUCUGCACACCAGCACCAUGCCCAUCACGGGGCAGCUGUCCGCCGCCGUGGAGAAGAAUCCUGGAGUCUGGCUCAACACCUCACAGCCGCUUUGCAAAGCAUUUAUGGUGACAGAUGAAGACAUUAGGAAGCAGGAGGAGCUGGUGCAGCAGGUGCGCAAGAGGCUGGAGGAGGCCCUCAUGGCCGACAUGCUCGCCCACGUGGAGGAGAUAGCGAGGGACGGCGACGCUCCUUUGGAGAAGGAAGGCGGCGAGGACGAAGGCGAAGAGGACGAGGAGGAGGAGGAGCAGGACCAUGACCAGGAGAUGGAGAAUGUAUAGUCUAGGGAGUUCYAUCGAAGAAUUCCCAGUAUAAGCCCUGCCAGCAGGGUCAGCACAACGAUUUACAAAGCCCAAGUGUCUGCAGAGCGCCCUGCAGCGCCGCGCGCCGCUACCCACGAGCAUCUUCCCGUCCGCUUCAGGAAGAGCCGAGGAGCUGACGGUUCGUUCGUUGCUGGGUAGUUUUGACGAUGGAACUUGACUAAACUCUCCUCCCCCGCCUUUUUCUCAAGGGGUAGGAUCAUAGGGAAUACAAAAGUGGGAGGGAUUAAAAUAUAAAAUAGAGGGAGGGAAAAUAUUAGGAAGCAAAAUUCCUAUCUUUUUUUUGUUUGUUUUAUGGGUCAGUGAUAGGUGAUAAGUUUUUCAGGCUUUUCUAUCCAAGUACUUUUACCAGUGACCCAUAAAAACAGUUUUCUCUCCACUGCAAGCAAGAGAGACAGAGUUUCACUCCUUGGCUGCUCUGCUGUGGGCUCCGUGUUUGUACCAGACUUGUAGGGGGGUCAUUUUAUGUUGUGGAUUGUCAUUCCAUACGUCGAUUCAGGUCACUGAAUUUCACUUUCCUCACAAGACCACAUUGGUCUUGACGUGUAGUCUCCGAGACGAACUGCCAGGGUCUCUUCCCUGCGACGCUCCGUGGGUUCYGCGCCGGGAAUUGCUCUCACAUCCAGGCAAUCCGGUUUUACAUUAGCUCCAGCAGCUGCACGCUGAAUGCACCACCGGGCACGUUCUCAGCGUGGAUCUCUGUGUGUGUCCGAGUGUAGCCUAAAAGCCUUUUGAAGGUAAAUAUACCUGCUCUGUGGUAUAUUCUGCUUUGGUUUAAGUCUGCUCAGAAGGACUUUUUCCGCUCGGAAUGGAAGGAUGAUUCAUUUCUGACCGACAACGAGGAAAUUUUUCCUCCUUUCUCUUCUGGUGCCAAGAACCCUGACCUCUGUUUUUCUGUGUGUGGAGGGAAGGGAAUCCAUUCCAAUAGGUGUGUCUGCACUUCUGCUCUCAUGUGCAGAGAUAUUCUGACCUCUUUUAAGAAAAAAGAACGGAAAAAGGUUGAUUUUUCUAUAAUUGAUAUCUUAAAAAUGAAUCUAAAGCUUUUUAUYAAGUAUUAAAACUUUCUUACUUGCAUGUGCCGUGAAGUGACCAGCAUUUUGUGUCCAAAAACGAAAUGAUGUGAAACCUGCCUUAAUGUGUUUAUAAGUAUUUGGCUUCACCAUGGGUACCUUGAUUGACUCCUCAGUCUCUUCCAGUACAUCGGUGAGCRUAUUGGACUAAAGUUUGUGGCUAAAAACCAGGCUUAUCUAGGAAGGAUAGCGGGAGGGGAGGAAGAUCAGAAUUUAUAGUUUGGGCAAUGUGUCCACUAGGUCRCCAAAAUGAUUUUAGUCUUAGGGUAUCCAUUGCAUAAUGUAUGCAGGGAAGUCUCAGUUGAGAGUACAGUAUGAAGUGGUGGAUUAAGUAUUGAGCCACUAACCAAUUGUACAGGUUGUUGGUAUCCCAAAACUUGGGGAAGAAAGUAGCUCCCAGAGCCUUUAUCACGUAAGGAUGAGUAGCACGAACAGCAAGGGGCCAGGGGAAUUGCCUGGGAAGCAGUAACCGUGGGGAAUAGUUCAGCUUAGGGACCUGAGGAGGUGCAAGCUCCUUGAGAAACACCCCACGCCAAAGUGAUUGACCUGUUCUUCUUCAAGAUGUGAAAUGCGAAAGCUCUUUGAUACUGCUCAUGUGGAGUACUGYGAGACGACUGAAUUGUACCGGGCUGCUGCCCUGCCGGGCGUUUGCUGUGGGCGCCCGGGCCUGCUACAGCUGC